AUGAUUUACUUUAUGUUACUCUUGGUCGCGAUUAUAGUAAAUUCUCAAACCGGCUAUGCUGAAGUUAGCACACGUUUACCAAUCGGAGGGCUAUUUAAUUCGAAGACGUUACCGAAUUCUGCUUUGGCUUUCGAAAAUAUACUAAAGAUCGGUACAACUAAUGCUUAUCAUGGGAAAUUAAUUUCAGUACAAGUCACUGAUAGCUAUUCUACGGCUUUAGAGAUGUGCGCGAACACUUCUGCUGAUAAUGGUAUAGUCGCACUAGUUGAUGCUCGACCUACGAAUGGAAUUUGUGAUGUCACUUGUUCGAUAUGCAAUAAACUUAAUAUUUCGCAUUUAAUCCUGGGAUGGCAGCCACCAGCUACACUGGAAAAUGAUAUGUACUCGUUUUUCUAUCACCCUUCACCUGAAAUAAUAUCAAAGGCUUAUGCAACUCUCAUUAAAACUCUGAAUUGGGACAAAUUUACUAUACUUUAUGAAGACGAAGGCAGUUUUAUACGUCUUCAAGAAAUUAUAAAUACGUGGCCAUAUAAAAAUGAUCAAAUAUUAUUUAAGAGGUUAGACCCUAAUGGGGAUAACAGAGAAACUUUUAAAUAUAUAUUUAAAGUGGUGCAUAUGAGUUAUCAUGUCUUGGACUGUGAUGUUGAUAACGUGAAGUUAUAUAUGCAACAAAUGAUAGAGGUUGAAAAUUCAACACAGUAUCAGAGUUUUAUAUUAACAGCACUUGAUGCGUACACAAUAAAUCUUGAAGAUCUUGCCGACUUCAGGGCCAAUGUAUCAACACUGCACUUGACUAUGCCAAACGACAUACGUUGGAUAGACAAAGAUAUGAGCAAUUAUAAUAUUCGGUUGGAAACGGCCUUGACUGCGGAUGCAUUGGGUCAUCUAGAUAAAGCUAUAAGAAGUAUGCUGAUGGAAAUCGAGGAUCAAGAAGAAUAUUCUAGAAGACUAAUACCAAUAGCAGAUCCACCAUCAUUAUGUUUUAUGAAAAGCAAGGAAUAUGAAGAAGCAGCCUGGCCGCAAGGGGAAGCAUUACGGGAUGCUUUAUUAAAGACUACUUACAAAGGUUUCACUGGUAAUAUAAACUUCGAUAAAUAUGGAAAAAGAACAAAUUUCGUCCUCCAUUACUCCAAACUGAGUAACGAGAGUCAGUUUAUUUACGUCGGCAAAUGGGACUAUAAGACUGACACACUGUAUACUGAAAAAGACAUCACGGAAAGAUCUUCAGCAAAAAGUUCCAAGUCUGUUAUACGGGUUGUAUCCAGGAAAGGCAAACCUUAUUUCGAUUUCUCCAACGAAACGACUACAUUCAGAGGAUAUGCUGUGGAUCUGAUAGACAAAAUAUUUGAGCACAUGAGAAACAAUGGGAAGGAUCUCAAGUAUGAGUUUUAUAGAGUCAGCGGUGACGACUAUGGUCAUCCCAUUGCUGGUACCAAAAAAUGGAGUGGACUUAUAGGAGAGUUGCUAGAUCAUAAUGCCGAUCUAGCAAUAUGUGAUAUAGCUAUCACAUCAGAAAGGAAUGCCCUAGUAGAUUUCUCAACGCCUUUCAUGUCUUUGGGAAUCGGUUUACUGACCAAAGAACCAGAGCCUGAAGAACCUGAUAUGUUCUCUUUCAUAAAGCCUUUGUCUUUGGAUGUGUGGUUAUAUUUAGCUACGAUAUAUAUUAUUGUAUCUUUUGUCCUUCUUAUAUGUGCUCGUAUGAGUCAAGACGAUUGGGUGAAUCCUCAUCCGUGCAACCAGAAUCCUGAGAACUUACAAAACAUAUGGAGCUUGUACAAUUGCAUGUGGCUUACCAUGGGGUCCAUCAUGACCCAGGGCUGCGAUAUAUUACCCAGGGCGGUGGGAUCUCGUUGGGUCGCUGGAAUGUGGUGGUUCUUCGCUCUUAUCGUCACAGCAUCUUACACAGCCAACAUGUCGACAUUUCUCAGUGCAAGUCGUCGGAGCAAUGAUUUACAAGAAGUUUCUGACCUUGUUGAUCAAAAUUCUAUUUCCUAUGGUGCUCUCGACAAUGCAUCUACUUACAGAUUUUUUGAAACAUCUAACGAUACUUUAUACAAGAAGCUGUGGAAUGUGAUGAAAUCAGCAAGACCUACUGUCUUCACUACAUCAAAUGAGGAAGGUCGCGAUCGUGUUUUACGUAGUGAAGGAAAAUACGCGUUCUUCAUGGAGUCCACAUCUAUUGAAUAUUAUACGCAGAGAUUCUGUAGUCUUAAAAUGACUGGAGGGAAACUAGAUUCGAAGGAUUAUGGAAUAGCAAUGCCGAAAAAUUCACCAUAUAAAAGAGGAAUUGACAAUGCGAUACUAGCGCUUCAAGAAUCAGGUGAAUUGUUGAAGUUAAAAACGAAAUGGUGGGAAGAGGAGGACAAUGCUAUAGAUUGUAAGAAAACUGAAACCGAGGAAAAUAGCGGCUCUGUGCAAAUGAAAAACACAAGCGGUAUCUUCAUUGUGCUUGCUUCUGGCGGACUUAUAGGAUUCUUAGUAGCUAUUAUAGACUUUUUGCUGCAUGCUAAGAGGAUUUGUGUCACUGAAAAGGUGUCGUUUAAAGAGGCGAUAGUGAGCGAGUGGAAUGCUUCGUUAGAUCCUCGUGCAUUACACCGUCUUGCUGCUCCUCCAAGGUCUGCAGCACCUUCAACAGCAUCACCAUCUCGAGAGCGUUCACAAUCACGAGCUGUCUCAGUACUACGAGCAGCAACCAGCUUCAUUAACUUCGAUGAGAUAUAUUAA